AUGGUGCGAACGAAAAAGAGCGUGCCCAUGCACAACCCCCUGAGCAACGUAGACGGGGGGGGGAGCAGCAACGAACCGACGAACAAGACGGCACAGAGCAGAUCAUCACAUAAGCACGCCGCAACGGGGAAAGGUACUCGAAGUCAAAUUCCGCAAAAGGGAAUGAAGAAGACAACUCGAAUUAGGAGACCCCAUAGAUACAGACCAGGUGUAUUAGCAUUAAAAGAAAUACGAGCAUACCAAGCGUCAACACAGUUGCUUAUUCCAAAAAUACCUUUUGUUCGAGUGGUAAAGGAGAUCACCCGAUUGUUUGAAUUGCCCAAUGAACAACUGCGUUACACCCCCGAAGCUCUGUUGGCACUGCAAACCGCAUCGGAGGCCUACCUCGUCAGUCUAUUUGAAGACGCCUACUUAUGUUCACUUCACGCAAACCGGGUUACCCUCAUGCCUAAGGAUAUCCACUUGGCUCGCCGAAUCCGCGGCCGCGACUGA